GAGGAGGACGGAGGAGGAGAUUUUUGAAUUUCCGGUCGCAAGAACAACAGAAGAAGUGGGGUUGGGCUGGGCUGGGUUGCUGAAUGCUAAUUUAGGCAUGACUGGGCCUCGUCGUUAUCGGGAAUACUUGGGGAUUUGUACUAGUGUGGUCUGCUUCUGUCCAACUCUCUCUCUCUACCCCUCUCUCCCUCUCCUUCCCCUCCCCUUCACGUCCCCAGCCGUCGUCAUGUGUUCGCCAUCUGCCAUUCUAACGUAACCUCCCGCAGAUUAUCAUUCGUAUUUUUCAUUUUUUUUAUUUGUCUUUUACGGAAAAAGCUCCCCUCACAGUUUGAAGGGAUUGUGAGCGCGGACGACCGAGGGUUGUGGUGCCAUGAGGUAGUGUGGUCCCCGCGUAUGUGCUUGUGACAGACUUACCUAGGUUAGACCUUGAUGACCGGAUCAGUGAAUUUGGCGGUGACGAUGACAAUGAUGAUGAACAUGUAGUAUUAUCAUCUGCAAGAGGAAGAAGACGGUGGCGAUGGCGAUGGCGAUGGCGAUGUCGUUGGGUGCCCAAGCUCGUUGGUGACCGUGGUGCAGUUAGUUCUGAGAAGGUAGAGGAGACGGUGUAUCUGGAGAAGGUAGAAGGUAGAGAAGGCGGUGUAUCUGGAGGAGGAAGAAGAAACAAAACGAAGAAUCAUGGACGAAGAUGUGCUCAGGGGGAGGUUUAGAGGCGUGCCUUGAAAAACUGUGGAUUGAGCGUGGUUAUAGCUGUUGUUGUGGUGUGAUGGAGAGGGAAUUCGGGAGGAGUCGGGGCAGGGGAUGGUAGGAAGGGGUUGGAGCAGAGUUUAUUCGGUAAGAAGAGGGUUAUGCGCGAAUUUUGCGACGGAGAUGACCUCGGAAUGGCUAUGGCUAGGGCAGUUAGACUGUGGCAAUUGGAAGUGUGGAGGGGUGGGAAGAGUCGAAGCGCGCUGGUUGUUUUUGUUUCUCGCUGCUUCUUUGGGAGUUGUUCCAGGCGGCAUGAAAUAGGGAUUUUGAGGAGGAUGGACCCCGAGCAGACAUUUUUGAGGGUUCAUGCUCGGUUCUCCGGUGUCCUGGCGAGGCUUUUGACGCCUAAAGUUCGGAAAGGGUUGGAGUUCGCGUGCCUCUUCAAUGCGAUGACGUUGCUAGCCCUUCUCGUGGUUAUGCACGUUAACUUUGUUGCUCAGCCUGGAUGCGCAGAGUAUUUUCCAACCAAGGAUUUAGCUGGUGCUCAGCUUGUGCAAAUCAAGAUUAGAGGUAGUUGGAAUCGCUUUAGAGAAGAUGAUCUUGAGAGAGUCGUCUGGAAUCAAGACAUUUCAGCGAAGCGGUACAUGGACGAUGCUCAUGGUCGAAGGAAUGAGGUGGAGGAGACAUAUCAAGUACCUGUUAUGGGUGAGUUGGAUGAUGAGCACAAGCAAGGGAUGCAGAGAGGGAAAGAUGAAAGUGUUGGACGUGAUAUCUCAAGCAGGCCAAUGUCUGGACCAGGCAGAGGUCCUCUAGGUACUGCACUUGUACAUUAUUUCACUCGUUGGAGUAGCUAUGGAGCGUCUUGCUUCAAGAGCGCUGAACAAAGUAUUCGGAGUUUAUGGCAAGUUUGGAGGAUUACAGGUUGGGAGCCUUUCACUACCACACCAAAGUCGGACCGCCGCACAGUUGCAUGGAACAAGUUGGAUUCAGUUCUUGUGGAUCUUCCAGAGAAUGGGAGCAGAUUGUCAGAUCCAACGUACUUGUACAGCAUUGAAAAGGGCUACUUAAUGAUGACGGAAACUGCCAAGAAUCGACAUGAUGUGAAAACCAUCAACAUCAGCGUUUCAGCUCAUCAUCCUUGCUUUGGAAAUCGGUGGCAGCAGUUUCUAAUUGACAACUUUGUGGGCUAUGAUACGAUUCUUAUGAACAGCCUUCUCAGCGCAUAUGGACGAGGGUACCUCUAUAAUUUCCAGACGAAAGAGCUGUACAAUUUGAAUUAUUUACAAGAGUUCGGCAGUGUGCCUCAGGGAAUAGAAGAUUACAUUGUAUCCAAGUGCGGUGUGCUUAUCACAACUCUCUUUGUUUUCUUCACGACUACUAUGUCUGUAUCCUUUACGUUGAGAGAGACACAAGCUCGCAUGCUGAAGUUUACAGUGCAGUUGCAGCACCAUGCUCGUCACCGAUUGCCAACUUAUCGACUCAUCUUCAUUCACGUAGUUGAGUCGCUCGUUUUUGUUCCGAUAAUGAUUGGGAUACUCUUUUUCCUGUUCGAGUUUUUCGAUGACCAGCUGCUUGCGUUUCUGGUCCUCACACUGGUCUGGCUUUGCGAGCUCUUCACUAUGAUAAGCGUGAGGACGCCCCUAUCGAUGCAGUUCUUUCCUCGCUUCUUUUUUCUCUAUUUCAUGGCUUUCCACAUUUACUUCUUCUCUUAUACCUACGGUUUCUCGUAUCUGGCCUUCUCAGCAACUGCUGCAUUUAUGCAGCAUCUUGUGCUUUAUUUCUGGAAUCGCUUUGAGAUACCUGCGCUACAAUUAUACUUGCGUAGGCAGGCGAUGCUACAACAUCAAGGAGUGCACAUAACGUCGUCUGCCUAUCUUACCUCUACUGUCCACGUCAGCCAAGGGACUUUCAUGAACAACUCAGGCCAGACCAUGAGAGACAUGGGUGGAUUGAACGUCCGAACCGGAAGUCCUGAUAAUCAAAUUGGUACAAGUCCCCGUGACCAAAGAACUCCUGGCGCAGUACUUAGUCCCAGAACCCCACUAACAAGUUCUAACGUUGUCAACGACUUGAACGCUGUGCUUGACCCUCCUUUACUUGACGUUUCUAGUUUUAAUGUCGGUACUCCUAGCGAUUUCGGCUUCAUUCCACCUGCGAUGAGAAGGUGGUCAAACAGCCCAGGACAAGAUGUUGACAGUAGGUAUUGGAGGAGGAGACUAGAUAUGGACAGGUUGCGCAGGAGUAGAGAGCGGGGUGCUAGGUUCGGAAAUACGGGAAUGGAAGCUAGUUUUGGAGUGGAUGUAUCUAGAGAACCUCCGACUAGUCCUCUGAUGCACAAUUCCUUCAGUGCGUUCGGUUCAGUGUUGCCUUGGAUACUGGGAAGUUCCUCUUUUUUCUUACCUGUGUUUCAUGAACUUGGAGAUGGCCGAGCCCAUUCACGAAACGGCGAUGAAGUCGUCGACACGGAUUUGAAUACAACUCCUUCAAACUCGACCACACCGGGAAGUGUAGUGACUCAUGUUUCAGACGAGGGGUUGAGGCAACGUCGCGGCGCAAAUCAUGUAGACGAUACGUAACGGGUGGAACUUCAUUAUGUUUUUUAUCCCUCUCUGUCCUUGAGUGUGUUUGUUUGCUCCGGUUUCCAUGCAGCGAUGGUAGUGUUUUUAACGGGUUGACGUUUUGGCAACCCAACGGGAGCAGAUUUGCUGAGGAGAGAGGGGGUAGCAAGUACAGGCUUCAAUACUCGUUAGAGUGAACAACCUUGUACAUUCUGUUUUGUACGAUUCUUUAGACAGGUUGUGUGCAGAUUUACUAGUGUCACAGCUAUGUCUGGAAGUAAACAGCUGCAGUACUUACUAUGGUACUGAAAUAGCUAGUGAUACGGUUAGGAGUAGACCGUUUCCUUAAGGUAUUUUAUAAACUCCUGUGGAAGGUGGCCAAGAGGUUGCAUGUCAUCGUCUGGCUUGUAAAAGAUGCAGUUCUUUUUAUAUUGUAGUGCUUUUGAAAGACCAACAAAUUUAACAA